CUCAUUCAGUUAUCCAUCCUGUUGCAUGGAAACAAACUGUGGUUUGAUAUUUAACUUAAGAAAGGACUUUAAUAACCAAAUUAGGAGAUUCUAUAGCUAUGUUAUUUUAUGUGGAGCUUUUUCCUUUCUGUUACUUUUCAACUAAAUCUAAUAGCAUUUGCUUACUUCUAAUUUUCAAGGGAGAUGAAGCAUCAUUGCAAAAAGCGCUGCAUUUGGUGUACAACCUCAAUCAGGACUGUGUAGAUGUUCUGUUUUAUGCUUCUUGGUGCCAGUUCUCGAGGAACUUCAGACCAAGCUAUUCAACCCUGUCUUCCUUAUAUCCAUCUAUUCCUCAUUUUGCAAUAGAAGAAUCAGCCAUCAGACCAAGGUGUAAACUUGGUGAAUGUCGUAUCCUCUUAUGUGAGCCAGGUUCCAAGCACAGGUUGCAGAAAUUGCAGUUGAAUUUUCCUAGGACCGUAGCUACCAUGGAUGAUCAUCGUGAUAAUGAAAUACAGGGAAUUGAUGGAGCUAGUCAUCCUACGGGGGAAUCACAAGGUACCAACACUAGUAAAAAGACCAAAUUCCGUGGUCCGUCAAAAGGAGUUCAAGCCAAAAAGCCUAUGCAUCUUCAGUAUAAUCAAUAUGGAAUCCCCGAUGGAGAAUGGUCAGGAGAAUACGGGAAGCAAGUUGGGUCUUGUGCUGCUAGAAUUAACAUUAAUGUGAAAGAAUAUUCAACGUUAGAUGAACACACAAAGAAGGGGUUUUGGGAGGAGACCAAGCUUCUGUUCCACAUUAUUGAUGAUCCGGCUAAAAGGAGAGAAAAAUAUUUUCAUAUGUGUGUGGCGAAACGCUUUGGAGCUUUCAAGUCCAGGUUAACGCGGCGUUGGAUAACUAAGAAAGAAAAAAUGCCGAAACAUCAGACAAAUGACAUGCCUUGGGACAUCUACCAUCAAAUCACAGAGGAUGAUUGGAAAACAUUUGUGAUAGAACGAAACAAGCCGGAGAUGUUGGUUCGUAGAGAAAAAGCAAGUAAAAGUGCAUUACAAAACAAGCACCCACAUCGCACAGGCCAAAAGGGUUAUGUUAGAAAGAGACCAGAGUGGAUAAAUGAUGGGCGACUACCGCCAGAGGCAGCUUUAACCCUCUCAAGUGACUCCUCCUCAAUGACCUCAUCACUCACCACAGCGCCAGAUAGAUUUAAGAAGUUUAGAUCAGUAGAGUGGAUCUUGGCUCAUCAAGUUAAAAACAAAGAGGGAAAGUGGGAAGUUGACCCGAAUGAUAAAGAAGCCGUAAAUAUUGCUAAGAUGGCUUUGGAGUACAUAGAAGAAGAGGGAAAAGGAAAUAUUUCAUUCACCCAGGGAGAAGAUGCCCUCACCAAGGCUAUGGGAAAAAAGGAUCACCGUGGGCGUGUCAAGGCAACAGGUGGAGUUAAUGUCGGUUACAAAGUUGCUUUCGGUCCAAUAGACCGAAGUAGUAGAUGUGGCCAUAUUGAACCAUCACCGGAGGCUAUCGAAUCAAUCAGAGCUUCGGUGAGAAGGGAGUUUGAAGAUCAAUUAGAGAGAAAGGUGGCGGAGGCCCUCCAAAACCAACUAGCCACAUUGAAAGCAACCGGUCAACUACACACCCUCUCUACCCCCGCACUUGAUUCUGCUCUUGUAAGUGAUGAGUUUGAUGUUAACCGUGCACUCGUAACCUGUUGUCCGAGUUCAUCGCAGCAACCACGCGAGCUGAAGGCCAUAACUCCAUGUCGUCUUGCCCUUGAGGAUAAAGUUUUGGGUAACAAAGUGAUAGUGGCAGAUGGUAUGGCGUACCCAUUGGAUGGUUCGUUGCACCAACACUUUAGAUCGAUGAAGCCUAGUCAUUAUAAGGUCCAAGUUGAUUGUAUUUACGACGGACAUGAUGAUGACACUCUUCCGGUACCUACUGGAGAUGGAUUCAAUAACUUAGGCAGGGCUCUUGCUAGUUUUGUGCAAUGGCCAAUUCACUUGGUGAUUUUCGAAGAAGACGAGGAGUACUCUACUCCACGCCCAACAAAGAAGUCCAGGAGUCAGAUUUUUGAAGAGGUGGUUGGUAGCUCCAAAGAGAAGAAAAACGAAUUAAUUGUCAAAGAGAAGACAACAGAAUUAGUUGUCAAAGAUAAGACAACAGAAUUAAUUGUCAAAGAGAAGGCAACACUUGAUUUAGGGUCCAAAGAGAAGACAACACUGAAGUUAACGGCCAAGGGAAAUUCAUGCUCAAAUAAGUUGGAGUCGAAAUCGAAGUCGAAGAACUCUAAGACGGCCAAAGAGAUGGUAGGUAGUUGUGAUCGUAAAACUGAAGAAUCAGCCGCCAAAAGUAAGAAGCAAAAUUUGGCAGACGACACAAUUCAAGGUCUUGGCCCAUCAUGCAAUUAUUUGAAGUUUAUCAUCAAUACGGCGCCCGGUGAUGUAUAUAAAAAUACUUCAAUCCCAUUACCCGCUUCGAGUUCCUUAGAGGGGCGUGCCUCAACAUUUCAGUGA